AGAACCAAAGAACUCGAGAGCCAUGAGCGCAUCAGCAGCACGCAUACAAUUCAAGGCGCUGAAGGGAUUUCCGGGCAAUGCCGCCGAUAAGAUCGAAACUCGAGCGUUCCUCGACGCCGCCCUAGAGAUAGUGACAGUUAUAGAAACCUUUGGCAAGCUAUUUACGCCCGUGAUUAACGACAUGAAUGGUAAUAUAGAUAAAUUAAGCAGAGUCUACGGCGAGAAUGUGCUCAAGCACCAUUAUCUGGAGGAUAUGAUCGUCCUGAAUAUAAAGGGGGAGAACGUGGCCCCCAAUGCCCUGCUCUGGCUGAAGCGGGGUCUCCAGCUGAUUUGCAUCUUCUUCGAGAACAUCUACAACGAUGACCAGAAGCAGGAGGCGCUCAAGCAUCAUCUGCAGAAUGCCUACGAGCGCACCCUGAAACAGUACCACGGCUUUAUCGUGCAGAGUACCAUUAAGAUCAUAUACGCAUGGGUACCCACACGCAAGCAGCUGCUCGGCCAGGGCGAGGAUCAGGAGGAGAACCUCGUUGUCAUGUCCGACUACUUGCCCACCAUGCGGGCCCAGUUGAACAAGAUCGAUGCACUGCUCAAGGCUCGUAACCUAGACGAAGCUCCCCACUAGCUGGUGCCUUCGGAUGCUCAUCCCUGUUUGGCUAGAUGGAUGAUUUUUGCUUGCCCCUUAGACGCGCACUUACUCUGCACAGUUGCAUCUAGCUUGUAGCUAAAAGUAGCCUAUUUUUAUUUUAUUUUAUUUUAUGCUGUUAGAGAGGGUUGUUGUCGCUAACAACACAAUAAACCUCAGAGCUUUAGUCCAUGCGA